CCCUUUCUCUUGAGCUUGUAACUAAAGCAAGUUUUAUAAGAAAAUCUCUCAAAAAACCUUCCGCGUGCACUUCGUUUCGUGUCCUAGUCGACUUAAAAAAUGCGUUACGUGGCCGCAUACUUGUUAGCCAAUCUUGGUGGCAAUGACUCACCUUCGGCCAAAGAUAUCAAAAAAAUUUUGGAAAGCGUUGGAGUGAAUGUUGAUGAUGAAAAACUAAACAAGGUUGUCUCUGAGUUGAAUGGAAAAGACAUCAAUGAGGUGAUUGCAGCUGGUAAGGAAAAGCUAGCUGGCAUACCAACUGGUGGUAUGGUAAGCAGUGGUGGUGGUGGUGCUGCAGCAGCAGGAGGUGGUGGUGAUGCCGGAGGGGCCGCUAAGGAAGAAGAAAAGAAAGAGGAGAAAAAGGAAGAGUCUGAGGAGAGUGAUGAUGAUAUGGGCUUUGGACUCUUUGACUAAACAAGUGUAGUUUGAUUUCAAAAGCAAGAAAUAAAUGUUGAAAACAUAA